CGCAGGCCCAAGGAGCCGCCGCCGCUGGGGGCACACAAGGGCCGAGGCGGCGGGGUGCCGGCGGGGGCUCCCGGGCCGCCGGCCGAGAGCUGGGCCGGGCUGGUGCCGCUGGCCGCCGGCGGCAAGCGGGAGGCGGCGGGGGAUGCCAGCGGCCGGCCGCGGUACCAGGCGGGGCUGCCCGGGCACGGAGCGGCUCCGGCGGCCGCGAAGGAGAGCAGCGGAGCGGGGACGGGGCCCGCAGAGCCGGGACCGGGGCCGGGCCCGCAGCAGCCGCCUCCCGCCGAGGCCAAGUGGAGGAGCGGAGCGCGGAGGGGAGGCAUGGGGGCCGGCGGCGGCUCGCCGGGGCAGGCCGCCUGCCUGCGGCAGAUCCUGCUGCUCCAGCUGGACCUCAUCGAGCAGCAGCAGCAGCAGCUGCAGGCCAAGGAGAAGGAGAUCGAGGAGCUCAAGGCCGAGCGGGACACGCUCCUGGCGCGGAUCGAGCGCAUGGAGAGGCGAGUGCAGCUGGUGAAGAAGGACACGGAGAGGGAGAAGCACCGCAUCUUCCAGGGCUUCGAGGCGGACGAGAAGGCCGAGGCCGAGGCGUGCGAGAAGCUGCCGCUGGAGUGCCCGCAGGACCUGCUGGAGCCCUCGCAGACCCUGCAGCCCAAGCACUUCCCCUACGGCAGGAACGGGAAGGGGCACAAAAGGAAGCCGCCGUUCGGGAGCACGGAGAGGAAGACCCCCGUUAAAAAACUGGUGUCCGAGUUCUCGAAGGUGAAGAGUAAAACUCUGAAGCACUCCCCGGGGAAAGAGGAGUCGAGCGGCUCUUUGUCCGAAACUGUUUGCAAACGGGAACUGCGGAGCCAAGAGACUCCGGAAAAAAACAGGGCGCUGCUGGAGACCCCGCUCAGACCCUCGGCGCCCCUGAAGGGCCCCGGCAGCCAGCCCAAGGAGAAGGGCUUCUUCAGCGAGAUCGAGGACCUGCCCUACCUUUCAACCACGGAAAUGUACUUGUGCCGCUGGCAUCAGCCCCCCCCGUCACCGUUGCCGUUACGAGAGCCCUCCCCAAAGAAAGAGGAGACUGUAGCAAUUCCAUCUUGGAGGGACCAUGUCGUGGAGCCCCUGCGAGACCCCAACCCCUCAGACGUCCUGGAGAACCUCGAUGACAGCGUGUUUUCCAAGCGGCAUGCGAAACUGGAGCUGGAUGAGAAACGGAGAAAAAGGUGGGACAUCCAGAGGAUCAGGGAACAACGAAUCCUACAGCGCCUGCAGCUCAGAAUGUACAAAAGGAAAGGAAUUCAGGAGUCGGAGCCUGAAGUUACCUCAUUUUUCCCUGAGCCGGAUGACGUGGAAAGCUUGCUGAUCACCCCCUACCUGCCCGUCGUCGCCUUCGGCCGCCCCUUACCCAAACUAACCCCACAGAAUUUCGAGCUGCCCUGGCUGGACGAGCGCAGCCGCUGCCGGCUGGAGGUGCAGAAGAAGCAGACCCCGCACCGGACCUGCAGGAAGUAGCGGCGCGGCGGAGCCGGGAGCUCUGCGCCUUUCGGGGGCCCUGCCCUCUUGGUUCUCGUUUUUUUUGUUUUGUUUUGUUUUUUGUUCCCUCCACGCCCCGGUUUUGUUCUCUCGGGUUUUUCACACCACGUUCCAGACUCGUCCCCGCCGGCUGUGCUUCGAGCUGGGCUUCCUGCCCUCUUCUCCUCCCUUCUUCGGAGAAGGGGCGGCCGCGGGCAGGGACCGGACCCUGCGGCAGCGCUCGCCCCGCGGGGGGAGAAGCCCCAAAAUGGGGGGGCUGCGGUGCCCUCCGAGACUGUGCCCGCCUUGUUCUGUUGGGUUUUAGGUAGAAAUCGUCGUUUUGGGGCGGGAGCAGCCCCCGGCGGCGAUCGCCGCUUUUUAUUUCCCCUGUUGAGCAGCUGUAGCGGGGUUGGGGGUGGGGGGGUGGGGGGGGGGGGUGGGAAGAGUUUAAAAAAAAAACAGCAAAAACUUUUUUUUUUUUUUUGUGAAAUAGAAAUCCUCUACGCACAACUUUGUUUUUUUUUUGUUGUUGUUGUUUAUUUUUUUAUUUAAGCGUUGUGAGGCCAGCCAGCAGCGGGUGCCACCAGGAGGGGGUCGGCGCCCCGGGCUCCCGGCUCUGACCCCCACCCCCGCCGCUGCCCCCAGGGGGCCGGGACCCGGCCCUCGCCCCCCCCCCCCCCCGUGCCCCUCGGGGGAAACGGCCCCAAAACGGCCCUUUUCACCCCAAAUUGCGUCCCCGCCCCGCGGCCGCGUGCAAGCUCGCGUAAGGACACUUGUUACCACGUUGGUUGGGUUUUGUUUUUAUUUUUUAAAAGAAAAAAGAAGGAAAAAAAAAAAAAAGGAAACGCGUUUAAAAAACAGCCGGGGGGGGGGGCGGGGGCUCCGCCCGCUCCUUCCUCGUUCCUUGUUUUUUUUUUUUGUUUUUCUUUUUUUUUCUCCUUUUUUUUCAAUAAAAGCGGAAAACCGA